AUGAACUGCUUUGGAGAUUCGCCCUGGGAGCUUUGUGGAUUGGAAAGCAAAGAUGAGUCUAGCCUUAUGAAGUACAAGUUUGUAUGUAUCGACAUUCGGAAUUUCUCGGAUGGGGACUUCUUGCAGGAACUGCUGAAAGCCCAUGGGGGUUCCUUACCCGAGAUCUGCAACAUCACCGGCUUUCACAACAAGCUCAUCCACUAUGAUACGCUUCAUGUGUGCUACAGGGGCUUCGCCCCGGACCUGGUAGCAUCGGUGAUGCUUGAUAUCUUCCCCGAUCGGGGGGGCUUGAUCAAGGCUCAUGACCUGUGUUGUCUGUGGGCGAAAGCUAAUGGUGCUGAACUCGCUUGCGACGACUUCAUAUUGAAUGCUGAUGAGAAAUAUGCUGAAGUCGUUCCAGUGGCAGUGUCAAGCUGGGCCGACACUGACAAAGCUCGGGUCCUGAAGAUGACGAUGAGAGCUUUGGCCAAAAUGAUCCUGCUGAUGGAGGAGCACCUGUAUGUCAUGCCAUUAGCUGCAGUGGACAAGGCGAAAAAGCUGGCUCGGCGGUUUCUUCUGGGAUAUCUGUGGCUGAGCCAUGAUGCUUUUUCGGCAAGCAACAGCCGCUACAAGAUUCGCCCGAAGCUUCAUACCUGGUGGCACAUGUUUGCCAAUCUGGCCGAGCUUCCGCUGAACCCACUUCUGGAAUUGUUCUCCGGCACGAAGUCGGUGGGCCGUGCCUUCGAGGCCCUUGGCUGGGAGGUAACGAGUCUUGACACGGACGCGACGACUCGACCCACCAUCUGCGCCGACGUUCAGGAGUGGGACUACAGGACCUACCCGCCCGGGCACUUCGACUUCAUCUGGGCCUCCCCAGUCUGCACGGAAUUCUCGAGAGCCCUGACCCGACGACCCCGACGGCUGGAGGACGGCGACCGCCUGGUCCUGAAGACCAUCGAGAUCAUCGGGUACCUCCGGCCUCGGUGGUGGGCCGUCGAGAACCCGCGAACGGGCCUGCUCAAAAGUCGGCCCUACAUGCAAGCGCUGCCUUACAACGAUGUGUCCUACUGCAUGUACGGCUUUCGCUACCAGAAGACCACCCGAAUAUGGAACAACCUGCCUUGGAUUCCCAGCCAACCGGUCUGCUCCAAGCACGGCCGCUGCGAAGCCUUCCGAGAUGGCCGGCACCCCGAAACCGCUCAGAGGCAAGGCAGCCGGCACUGGCCCGGCCAGACCCGAAACCAGUUGUACUCCCUGCCGCCCCGGCUGUGCCAGGACAUCGCGGAGCUCCAGGCGCCCCUGGUGCGCGCCGAUCCGGCGGCCCCCUGGCUCACGGUCCAGGGCGGGACCAACGGCAUUCUGAUGGACGACACGGUGCGGAUCAACGGGGUGCUGGGCCCCGAAGCCAGCCUGCCCUUCCUGAGCCUGUCGGGGGGGACCAGCGGCGUGCAGGUGCUCUCCCCGCUGCUGGAGCAAAUCGCCGUGGGACCCACGGACGGCACGGUGGGAGUGGUGGUGCGCAACGCCGCCGCGACGGGAGAGGCCGCGCUGCUGCUGGCCGGCGUGGCGGAGCUCAAGGUUCGGGCGGGCGGCAACUGCGAGUUGAACGCCCUGUUCCAGUUCAUCUCCUUCAACACCACCAACGGUCUGGCCAACAUGGCCAUCGAGCCCAACAUCGGCGGGAGCAAUGACGGGGAGGUGAUCUUUGGGUACGGCUUCGUCAAUCUGAGCGACCGGGCGCUCAAGGAGAACGUCCGGGCCAUCCCGGAGGAGGAGCAAUGCUCCGAACGUGUCUAA